CAGCCUCUCUUGCCCUCUCACCUCGCUGGCCUCCUCCUCAUUCCUGAGUUAAACCUAAAAGAUCUUGUGUUUGUGUUUGUUUUCUUCCCCUUUCUGUCUAACAAACAGAGAGAUCGUAGGCAUUAUUUUUUACGAACUUCAUGACCCGCUCCUGAUAAUUGAAAGGAUUCACAGCGACUUCAGUCUAUACGGAACGUUUCUGCCGGAGGGGUUUGUCUCCAUGGAACAGCUACUCAAUACCGCUUACAGUGAUUUCUUUCACUUCAUUGGAACUGGUUCAGCGGACAAGUGGAGUCGAAUGUCUCUCUACAAUGUAGCAUAGGUAGACUGUCCUUCCAUAAUAACUCACUCCGCAGCCUAUCAAAGCUCGCACUCUCUUUACUCUCACGCCUCAGCCACUAGCACACAAUUCUUCAGUGCAGGAAUCUGUUUGAUGAAGGUGGAAGAGUGAACAUCUUUCUUCCCAACUGUUAACUGGAUUCCUACGGCCUGAAGUUCUGUUUCUGUGGAAUUCAUGGCUGAUAAAUACAGUGUGGAGGCCGCAGAAAUCAUUGUCAACAGUGCCCUUCAUUUACCUAUUGCACAGGCAGCACCAAUAUAUGAGCAACUUUUGUCAGUAUUUCCCACAGCUGCAAAGUAUUGGAAGCAGUAUGUAGAGGCAUACAUGGCUGUGAAUAAUGACGAUGCUACAAAACAGAUAUUUAGUCGCUGUUUGUUGAAUUGUCUUCAUGUUCCUUUGUGGCGUUGCUAUAUUCGGUUCAUUCGAAAGGUCAAUGAGAAGAAGGGUGUGGAAGGUCAAGAGGAGACAAAAAGAGCUUUUGAUUUUAUGCUCAGUUAUAUUGGAGCAGACAUCGCAUCUGGCCCCAUAUGGAUGGAGUACAUUUCCUUUUUAAGAUCGUUGCCGGCCGUAAGUCCGCAAGAAGAGUCACAGCGGAUGACUGCAGUUCGGAAAGUGUUCCAAAGAGCUAUCAUCACCCCGACCCAUCAUGUUGAGCAGCUUUGGAAGGAUUAUGAGAAUUUUGAAAAUUCUGUGAGCCGUCAAUUGGCAAAAGGACUUCUAUCUGAAUAUCAACCAAAAUAUAACAGUGCUAGGGCUGUUUAUCGUGAAAGGAAGAAAUAUGUCGAUGAAAUUGAGUGGAAUAUGCUUGCUGUGCCACCAACUGGGUCUUACAAGGAAGAGAAGCAGUGGAUGGCAUGGAAGAGGUUUCUAGAUUUUGAAAAGGGAAAUCCUCAAAGGAUAGACAGCACCUCCUCCAACAAAAGAAUAAUAUUCACUUAUGAACAGUGUCUGAUGUAUCUAUACCACUAUCCUGACGUAUGGUAUGACUAUGCUACAUGGCAUGCAAAAAGUGGUUCAAUAGACGCUGCUAUCAAAGUUUUUCAACGAGCUUUGAAGGCUCUUCCAGAUUCAGAUCUGCUAAAGUAUGCUUAUGCAGAGGUGGAGGAAUCUCGUGGAGCAGUCCAGUCUGCAAAAAGUAUAUAUGAAAGCCUUUUGGGAGAUGGUGUUAACGCAACUGCAUUGGCGCAUAUACAAUUUAUUCGCUUUCUGAGAAGAACAGAGGGUGUUGAGGCAGCUCGCAAGUACUUUCUAGAUGCACGAAAAUCCCCAAACUGCACAUACCAUGUAUAUGUUGCUUAUGCCAGAAUGGCUUUCUGUCUUGACAAGGAUCCUAAGAUUGCACACAAUGUCUUCGAGACCGGAUUGAAGCGCUUUAUGCAUGAGCCAGUUUACAUUCUUGAAUAUGUGGAUUUUUUGUCUCGAUUAAAUGAUGAUAGAAAUAUCCGUGCUUUAUUUGAGCGGGCACUGAGCUUGCUACCACCAGAAGAAUCUGUUGAGGUCUGGAAGCAAUUCAUCCAAUUUGAGCAAACAUAUGGUGAUCUUGCUAGCAUGUUGAAGGUUGAACAAAGAAAAAAAGAAGCUCUUUCCCGGAUGGGUGAAGAGGAAGCAUCGACCUUAGAGGGCUCGCUGCAAGAUGUUGUCUCGCGGUACAGUUUCAUGGAUCUCUGGCCCUGUUCAUCUAAGGAUCUGGAUCAUUUGGCUAGACAAGAGUGGCUAACUAAAAAUAUCAAUAAGAAAGUGGAGAAACCAACUCUCUCCAAUGGACCAGGGAAUUUAGAUAAGGGUUCUUCACCCUCAAUGACCAACUCAAGUGUGUCUCUGAAAGUCGUUUACCCAGACACGUCUCAGAUGGUUGUUUAUGAUCCAAGGCAAAAACCAGGACCUGCAAUGCCUCCAAGCACCAUGGCUCCUGGAAUUGCUGCUUCCAGCACCUUUUCUAAUACCACGGUGGCAAUAGGGAAUGAUAAAUCAACCCAUACGGUUGAUGAUAUACUGAAAGCGGCACCACCUGCAUUGGUAGCAUUUUUAGGAAACUUGCCUAUUGUUGAUGGUCCGACACCAAAUGUGGAUAUUGUAUUAUCAAUUUGUUUACAGAGCAACAUUCCAUUAGGACAGAUUGGUAAGUCAACUACUACAGCAGCUCAAACGCCAGCAGGUCCAGCUCCUAGUUCAAGUGACCUCUCUGGUUCAACAAGGUCUCAUCCAAUUCCAAGUGCCUCAUCUUUCAAACCAACAAGGGACAGGCAAUCCGGAAAAAGAAAAGAUCUAGUCAGGCAAGAAGAGGAUGAAACUACGACUGUUCAGAGCCAGCCGUUACCGAGAGAUGUAUUCAGAAUACGGCAAAUUCAGAAAGCCCGAGGAGUUUCUUCUUCACAGACAGGGUCAGCCUCAUACGGCAGCGCGGUUUCUGGCGAUCUGUCUGGUAGCACCAGUUAGUGCAUUUUUUUCUCUAACAAUAGCAGAUGAACUUGCUAUAUUAGGAAUUUUUUCUUAUAAAAUUGAAGCAACUCUAUUGAUAUCCAUGUAUGUUAGUUCAUAUUCAACUCAAUCAUAAAUCUUAUAAAACAAUUCAUUUCAAAUUAAUCGAUUCAGAAGAAAAAAAAAAGGUUCGGAAUUAGGGUGGAAGAGAAAAUGCAUCCUAAGUAAAGCUGAACUGACAAAAUUUUAUCAGAAAAACAAGAAGUAAAUAGAAUAUAACUAAAUAAAUUAGGGCCCGU